AUGCCUGGACCUUCACACUCAGUGGAUGUCUGUCUCUUCACACUCAUGCUGACUCUGGUCUUCACCCCAUCUGAGCUUUUUGGACUCUUCACACUCAUGCUGAUCUCUGUACUCUUCAACUCAGUGCUGAUGCCGGGACCUUCACACUCAGUGCUGAUGCUCUGUGACCCCUUCCAUCAUGCUGAGCUCUGGCGAUGCCUGUGCUUCAACUCAUGCUAUGCCUGUUUUUCACACUGUGCUGAUGCUCUUGCUUCACACUCACUGAUGCUCUGUGUCUUAACCAUGCUGAGCUCUGUGUCCAAUCACAGACGUCAUUCGACAUUUUCCGACUCUUGGAACCAGAAGCUCGUGUUACCUGAAAACUUCAGUGAGCGCGAGAGACUCAAGAAAGAGGCGGAUUUCUUUCAGCUCCAAGAUAUGAUUGAUUCUCUCUCACUGCCGAAGUCUCUGAGUCCAGUGGACCCCGCUUACUCAGUCCGAACCUCCGCCGGUACUAUCACCGUGAGUUACCGCGGCACUUUUGCGUUUGGACGUGACGGACUCGCUGACGUUAAAUUUAGAAAGCUGAGUCGUAUCCUCGUGUGCGGACGAGUGACGCUUUGUCGUGAAGUCUUUGGUGAAACAUUGAAUGAAUCGCGGGAUCCCGACCGUGGAGCCACAGAUCGGUACACUGCAAGGUUCUUCUUGAAGCACACCUUCCUGGAGCAAGCCUUCGAUAUGCUUGUCUUGGCCGGAUACAAGUGCUGUGGUUCCUGCGGCAACAGCACUGCAGGCGGUAUUAUGGUGGACAAGAAGCCUGGUAUGGACAAUGAAGAAGACCGCUGGAACCACUACAACGAAUUCGUGUGGGUGAGAGAAUAAUGGGCGGCGGGGGUCGGUGAGGCGGCCGUCGCCGUGUCUAGGCCGUUCUUAACAGUCAGCAAAUCUUUAUUCUGACGGCCCCCAGCAUAACCAGAAUCCGGAAAAAAUCGUGGGAACGUCCGGACCACGACUUCGCUGACCACCCAUAGCGUUGCCACCAUAUUUGUGUGUUGUCGAGUCACCUCGUGUUGACACCCUCGAGAGCUGUCUUGGUACACAUCCCGCUGUCUCGAAGCCUCGAACACUAUUCUGGUCCAUAUCCUUGUGUCUCGAAGCCUUGAACGCUGUCCUGUUCCAUAUUGCGCUAUCUCGAAGAGUCAUCUCGUGUUGACAACCUCAGUCACUGUCCUUGUCCACUUCCCGCUGUGUCUCGAACAGAGAAAAGUUCCAAAAUCAUCUUGUCUCUAGUGAAACUACAAAAUUAGGCAAAAAAUCAUAUGCUAAAUAAACUCUCCCACGUCCCGAAGAUUACACAUUACUGUUGUACUGAAUGCGUCAGUGUGAUUCUCUGUCGUCAGCGUCAACUUCCGAAUCACAGCCAUGGGAAAAAUCAAGGUUAUGCGCUAAAACGGCCUCAGUGUUUCACGAUUUGCUUGUAGUCAUUGAUAAAAAUAUGCGUUUAGUUUGGAAUAAUUGACGAGACAUGUGAUUAGGUUGUAAUUAUUUACGUGUGAUUAGCUUGUAAUCAUUGACGUGUGUUCAGUUUGCAAUCAUUGACAAGAGUGUUCAGUAUAUAGAACUUAUUUUAUGAAAUAAGUAUCUUGAUUUGUUCUUCAAAAACAUUUACAGUGAUGGUGCAUAUUAGUGGUAAAAUCUUAUUAUUGUAAGGAUAUCCAUGUUAUUGAACUAUUGGAUUCUUGUAGGGAUAUACAUACAUAGUGCAAAAGAAAAUUAUAGCAAACAUAAAGCACGUGAAUAAUGUUCUCUGUGUAAAAGUAUUACAGUUUUUGCCACUUUGUUAUUAAAAGUGUUGCAUUAUAUAUUUGCCAAUUUGCAUAAUGUUGGGAAAUGCAAAAUUUCAAUUGACGAGUCUUAAAAAAACAUUUUUAGCCCUCCAAUCACAGCCUUUGAGUAAUCCUUAUAGAAGAAAGUCAUGUGUUUUCCAGUCAUAUAUAACCGCUUCGUUUUGUCGAAGUGUUUCUAAGAAAUAUAUCAAUCAAAAAGUAGCUGUCCAGAGGCAAGUGUGUCUGUGUGUAAUAUUCACUUAUACGUGUGUGUUUGUGUAUGUGUGCAUGUGUUCUUUUCCUUCACAAGUUCUACUCAGUGUUCCCGAAUAUCCGAUCCAGAACUCGCCUUCGAGACUUCUGUUGAAGAAGUUCUCGUAAAUAUCCCGUCGGGAACUUUAGUGUGCGAGAAACCGACAAAUGACAUAAUCACUUUGAUGCUCUUCACAUGAAGGGUAUUUCUCAUUAUUAGAAAAAAAUUACCCUAUGACUCUAUUAUUGGUACUCAGACAAGCUACGACACUAGUGAAAUCACAUUAGUUACAUAUCCAAAUCUUUUGUCCCAUUGAAUAAUUUCUAAGAUUAAGAGUGUGUCAGGCAAAAAAAAAAAAAAAAAAAAAAAAAAAAAUACAGCACAAUGUUUGAAUAAAUAGUGUUGCUGGAAGAUGUACCUGUAGCUUCAAUCCCUUCCUCAGCGACUUGAAGACGCUGAGGCAGUUUGCCAAGUCUUGCAGCGCGUCGCUACCGCUUCCUACAACUCAUCAAGAUUGGCGCUUGAAAAUACGCCACGCAUUGUGCAGAUUACUUGUAUUUUGUGAUUCAUAUUUGCCUCAGUGUAUGCGAGUCAAAAUCAGUAUGUGAUUCAAAGAAAUGUUAAGAAAGAAGUCAUUUAUCUGGCCCUAAGUGGUUGUUAGCUAUCACUGGUAGAAAGAAAAUUACACCCUGAAAACGUGAUUGUUUCUGGCAAUAAAAAUGUAACUGAUAUUGACUAGAAUAUACCUGCUUAACUCCACAGACGGGCUUUCUAUGACUCUAUGUAGAUAAUCCCUCUUCUUUCACUGUCGCCCGUGCUGCAUCGGUGGAGCAGAGGGUUUAUCUGAAUCCAGCGGACCACCAGGAUUACUAGCUUGUAAGUUGUGCCUGUUUGGGUGGCAAUAUGCACCCUCUCGGGCAGCGAUAGGCUCUCGUUCGGGCAGCGAUAGGCACACGUUCGAGUAGCGAUAGGCGCUGUAGAUGAAUAUUAAUCUCCUUGUGUUAUCAAGCGCUUUUGGUACCUUAUGUAAGAGAAGUCCCAGUGUGUGAGUGAACCUCUCCUCCCAGGCUAGCUCUCAUUACCUGCCCAGCACCUGGUCACCUGCCCAGCACCUGGUCACCUGCCCAGCACCUGGUCACCUGCCCAGUAUCUGGUCACCUGCCCAGCACCUGGUCACCUGCCCAGCACCUGGUCACCUGCCCAUUACCUGGUCAGAGAGGUGAGACAACCUCGUUGCUCUCACACAGAUGCAGCAGGACCAUCACUGGUCCCUAUUGGGGAAGAGCUAAACCCAGAACUGUCGAACACCGCCUGGAGAAUUGGAACGAGAAUUGGGCGGGAUAGAGGGGGAGGGAAGGAAAAUUAAUCAGGUCUGCUCCGAGGAAAGCGAGGGUGGAACCAAUUCUUUUGGAUCAUCCCCUCAGUAGUAUCAAGGGACUGAUUCCUAUCCAUCUUCCUGAAGCGAAUUCUUAACUGACAAAUUUUCAUUUAUGUUUUUUUUAAUCAGCCAUUCUGUCAUGUCUCAGAUAAAGAAACUUUGAGCAUCAGGUCAAAUUUUCUUCAAAAAAUCGAGUCUUCGCCUUAACACUGGCAAAAAAGGUGCACACAUAGAUGCACAAAAGGAUCUGAAUAAUUCCACCCAAAAGUUUCUGAAGGUGAAAUAAAAAUAUUUAUUGAAAAGCCACCUUCAUAUUUGCCUGAGACGGCGUCUGCGCCUGUGUGAGAACAACGGACGACAGUUGGAAUGUCUUGUAACUUGUGGGUGCUGGAGGACGCAGGAUGCCGUGGCCUGCAGCAUGUGUGGACCACGAAUGUUGGGGCCCACAGACUGCGUGGACCACGAGUGUUGGAACCUGCAGCAUGCGUAGACCUAAAGUUUUGCGGCCUACAGCAGGCAUGGGCCUUGAGAGUUGGGGCCGACAGCAUGUGUGGGUCGUGAGUGCUAGGGCUUGCAGCAUGCGUGGCCCGUGAGCGCUGAAUCCUGCAGCAUGCGUGGACCGCGAGUGGUGGAACCUGCAGUAUACGUGGGACGUGAGUGUUGGGGCCCGCAGCAUGCGUGGACCGUGAGUGUUGGGGCCCGCAGCAUGUGUGGACCACUUUCCUUAAGGCAAUUUUGCCUUCAAGAUUAGAUUAGAUUAGUUCAGAAAUUAACUUAUAUUUUUAAUCAGAAAUUGAUUUUGAUACAAAUAAUAUUCACAUUGUUGACACUUUUUUAUACAUUGAAUUAUUAAAUUGUGAAUGACAGGCGGUGCCAGACUCAAUUUGUCUCUCAAUAAUCCCAUAUGCAAUGGACCAU